AUGACACUUUCAUCCAAGGAAGCCUUCAAAAGACUUCCUCAGAAGCUUCAUAAUUUUUUCAUCAAGUAUCCACCGAGACCAUUUGCUGACUAUUCAGCAACACCAUCUACGAUUACCGAUCCCAAGAUGAAUCCAUUUUUAGCGAACAAGAAUCCAGAAACAGGAAGAUGGCAGGAGCCUAGGUUCUCCCUCAGAAGGUCAGCGGACUUAUUCAAAAUGGCAUACAAAUUUGGAAUUCACGACUUACUUCCUCCUCUUCCUCAAAAGAAGUUUUAUGAAGAGAAAUACAUUAACAAGAACUGGAUGAGAGGUGUUUUAAACACUAAGAAACAUAAAUGGGAAAGAACAUUGCCCGAGAGACUCAGUCAAAGAGCGACAGCUAUUGAGUCAAUGGAUGAAAUCAUUGCAAAGUCCAGACCCAGAUAUAAGAAGCAACUUGCGAAGAGAGAACAAAAGAAGAGAACCUGGUGGUGA